AAACCUUCUUUAGCACUCUUGGUUAGAAGCCAUCCAAUUAAGGGUUUAUUCUCUCGAAAGCAUCUCCUUACUUCAAUUCUAUAAAUAUGUAUUAUCUUCAAACAGAAAUUACUCUCAAUCUCUCAAAUUCUACUCAUCAUCCGUAAAUUCAACCUGAGAAUCAGCCAAAUCCAUGAUCUUUGAAGCUUUUUUGAUUCGUUGACACUGCCGUUAAUACAGAUCCACGAUAGUCUUGGAUGUUCUUUGUUACUCCACAGUUUAAUUCACGCGGUUUGCUUCUUCGCACGGCUGAUUGGAACUUCGGCUGUGAGAUCACGAUGAUUUUAGCGAGGAUUCUGUAACUGGAAAAGGGAUUUUAGUAUCUUGGUGCACUGGGAAGUCAUAUCAGGUUGAUAGUUCUACAAGAAUAGUAAUCAACAGGUAGAGUAUUAUCAUGAAGACAUUUGGCAAUGGAGAAGUUGAUUUGGAAGGUGGUAAAUUGGAGAAGGAAAGAGAAAAGACAAUACGAAGUGGCAAGUCAUUCAGAAUAAACAACCAGGCGUUUAUAUCUGGAAUUGCAUACUGCAUUUCUUCUUGUAGCAUGAUACUCGUUAAUAAAUAUGUCCUUUCCAGCUAUAAUUUUAAUGCCGGAAUAUCUUUGAUGCUUUACCAGAAUUUUGUUUCGGUGGUGGUUGUAUCUAGUUUGAGUCUCCUUGGCGUAGUUUCGACAGAACCACUUACGUGGAAAUUGAUCAAGGUCUGGUUGCCUGUUAACGUUAUAUUUGUGGGCAUGCUAAUCACUAGCAUGUUUAGUCUGAAGUAUAUAAAUGUAGCCAUGGUCACGGUCUUGAAGAAUAUUACUAAUGUAAUUACUGCUGUGGGUGAGAUGUACCUUUUCAAUAAGCAUCACGAUAACAGAGUUUGGGCUGCUCUUUUCUUAAUGAUUAUUUCAGCAAUUUCUGGAGGAAUUACGGAUUUAUCAUUUCAUGCUGUUGGCUACACAUGGCAGUUUGUUAAUUGUUUCUUGACAGCAGCUUAUUCUUUAACACUGAGAAGGGUAAUGGACACAGCAAAACAAGAAACAAAAUCUGGUAACUUGAAUGAGUUCACAAUGGUGCUGCUAAACAACACCCUUUCAUUGCCCUUAGGAACCGUGCUUAUAUUCAUGUUCAAUGAAGUUGACUACCUUUAUCAAACACCACUUUUGAGGAUGCCUACAUUUUGGUUGGUGAUGACAUUGAGUGGAUUCUUGGGUCUAGGUAUCAGUUUCACUUCCAUGUGGUUCCUUCAUCAAACGGGGGCAACCACUUACAGUCUGGUUGGAUCGUUGAAUAAAAUUCCUCUCUCAGUGGCGGGAAUUCUAUUAUUUCAUGUCCCUACUAGUCUUGAAAACUCUGGGAGUAUACUUUUUGGUCUAGUGGCAGGAAUAUUCUUUGCCAGGGCGAAAAUGAGAGGAAAAUCUCAGUCCUAAAACGAUCCAGGAAUAUUAUAAUCAUUGUAAUGGCCCCAUUAUGUUCUUGAGUUUUCUGAAUCGAGAUUUGCAAAUGACGAAGGCGGGGGCAUAUACUAAUUACUACAUAUAUAGGUUGAAGGAGGAAAAAGGUAUUUGUUUAUAUGAAUGCGGGAGACUGGCUAUGCCGAUGAAAUUGAAGGUAAACUUCCACUCCAUUGUUGUAUUUAACAAGCGAAAACACUUCAUUGUUUUACUGCUAAUUAUAUUUAUAUUUUGUUUUUUUUAUGGUAUUUUUGUUGUUGUUGUCUGUCUUUUUUUUAGUUGUGUUUGUUUUGUGCAAUUCUCUAAAGGGGAGUCAUAGUGUAAGUUUAAACUAUAAUUGUAAUCUUAUUUAAUGGAUAUUUUGUCAAAAUCUCUUACAAUCAAGAUAAUAAACAAUAGUCAAAGUUAUAAUAAUUUGUCUGAAUUAAAAUUA